CUCUUAGCCACGCAAUGCACAGUACAUCCCCACAGUAUACAGACACUUGCAGCUUUAAUGUUCAUGUAUUUAGUGGAACAUGAACUAAAAUAGCUUAACUAAACAUCCAGUCAUGAUCAUGAUGAGAUUUCCCGAGCAGCUUCAGCAAGCGCCCAGAGCCGGGCACAAUUAGUUACAGCACAUCUUAUGCUUGAAGGAUUCCUCUUAUGUCUGUUGGUGAUUAACACUCCAACUGUGGAUGGUCACUGUACACCGUUUUUAUGGAAUUAUUUUGCCAAAUAACCAUGAUGGAAAAGGCAUGCGCUGUAUUGCCUUUACAUCAAUAUUGAUUAAUUCUUCUAAGCAGAAUAUAAUCGUAAAUUAUAUCAGCUGUGAUUUUAAUCGGUUGUAAACAGCCUGACCACCGGAAUACGCGCGGUGCAUGGUCUUUACUGUUAUCAGCGUGACUCAUGAUCCCCAUAAUCAUCGGCUUAUUAAUUUCGGAUCUUAUCAUAUGUUGUAAUUUUGUCACAUAUUAAAUUGUAGCAGAUCAGAAUGGUCUCCUGGAUUAAUUAUGCCUCAAUUUGCAACAGUAUUACAGUUUUUGUUUAUUUCCACGGUGGCUCAUAACAUUUAUUCCAACUCUGAUGCGGAAAAGUUGUACAUCGACUUGAUGCGCGAUUAUAACAAGCUGAUUCGACCGGUUGUACAUAACACGGAAAUACUGAAUGUUUCGAUGGGACUAAAGUUUACUCAACUUAUCGAUGUGGAUGAAGUCAACCAAGUGAUCACAACAAAUGUCGUCGUUCGACAGACCUGGAACGAUUUCAAGCUCGUAUGGAAUCCAAAGAAUUAUGGCGGCAUAGAAAAUAUUUACAUUCCCAGUGAAUCACUCUGGCUACCAGAUCUUGUGCUUUAUAACAAUGCGGAUGGUAACUAUCAAAUUACUAUGAUGACAAAGGUCACCGUACGAUACACUGGAGAUGUUAUAUGGGACCCGCCAGCAAUAUAUAAAAGUUACUGCAGAAUAGAUGUGCAGUAUUUUCCCUAUGACAAACAGUCCUGCGACAUGAAAUAUGGAAGCUGGACGUAUGAUGGGCUUAGCGUUAAUUUGCUACCAAUUCGUGGCUACGAACAGGAUGAUAAAAGAAUUGAAAUUGGAAUGGAUUUAUCCGAGUACAAGCCAAGCGUGGAAUGGGAUAUUUUGGAGGCCUUUGCGAGCCGGCAUACCCUUUUUUAUGCAUGUUGCCGUGAACCGUAUCUCGACAUCACCUUUACUCUUGUUAUUCGCCGGAAAACAUUGUUUUAUACAAUAAAUUUGAUCAGCCCCUGCGUUGCAAUUUCGUUUUUGACGGUUUUCGUAUUCUACCUUCCAUCGGAUUCGGGAGAGAAGGUCACUCUUUGCAUUUCCAUCCUGUUAUCGCUGACUGUAUUUUUCCUUCUUCUUUCUGAGAUCAUUCCGCCAACUUCUUUCACGGUUCCGCUGAUUGGGAAAUACCUUUUGUUUACAAUGGUUCUGGUGACGCUUUCUAUCGUCGCGACUAUCAUUGUCUUGAAUAUUCAUUUCCGUAAUCCGUCGACACAUAGGAUGCGACCGUGGGUGCGACGAAUAUUUCUCCAAUUACUGCCCAAAUUGCUUGGCAUCCAAAGACCAAGUGAUAAAGACCGCGCCAGAAGUCUCACCAAGAAGAAAGGUAAUACGCGUCUGCACGAAUAUGAGCGGGUCGAACGGCAACCGCUAUGCGGCUAUCAAUCACGCGGCGGCCCGUCAGCCCAUGCCGUACCACGACCGGAUACGUUAUUGAUCAGCGGACUGGCCCAGCGGAGAUUAGGCUACGAUCUGCAGAAUGUGAUUGAUGGGAUAAACUAUAUUGUGGAUCAUGUUAAAGAAACUACGGAGAGCAAUCAUACUGUACAAGACUGGAAGUAUUUCGCAUUAGUGUUGGAUCGCCUGUGCUUAUGGAUAUUUUCCCUCGUAUGCAUUGCCGGCACAGCCGCAAUUAUUCUGAAUGCGCCGCCCUUGUAUGAAACCCAGCAACCCAUCCCACAACCCUGUCUCAGUCACGUUAUACCCGGAAGUCUUGAAUCCUGGCAAUGUCUGUUUGCUAAUUCGGAAGAGGAGGAAUGAAUAGAACGAUGCCGUUAUAAGCUGUACAGUUUUAUGACCUUUAGAUGGCACCUACUGUCAAACUGAGCCAAAUGCACUCCUAUCUUGAUUUUUUGUAUUUUUAUCACUCUUUUUUAACUUCGUUUUGUACUGAUCGGUGUAUCUUGUCAAAACUCAUUCCACCUUGAACAAAACGCAAGAUCUAAUGUACUUAAGCAAAAUGCAUUGCUUUGCAUGAUAUUACUAUGCAGGUAACGUAGCAGCGCAAACUCGUAAUUUUCAGGAUUUCU